AUGGAAGGCAAUGGCGGAUCUGAAGAAGACGAUACGAAGCUGUCAAGUAAUACAAAAGUUGCAUUCAUCACAGAGACAACGGUGCAGAUCAUAAUCUGUAUCCUCGCGUGGUAUAUCUUCUCCCUUUCUAUUUCACUAUACAACAAAUGGAUGUUUGACAAGUCACAACUUGACUUCCCAUUCCCAAUACUCGUCACUGCUUUCCAUCAGCUGUUACUGUCGAUACUUUCAUUCGCCGCAGUGACGUUGAAACCGUCGCUCAAACCUACAGCAGCAACUGAAAACCGUCAAGGUGUAACUUUCUACCUUACACAUGUGCUACCUUGUUCCCUCGCGGCGGCUGGUGAUAUAGGUGCAGGAAACGUUAGUUUUAGAUACAUCACUUUGAGCACUUACACAAUGGUUAAAUCGUCGUCGAUUGCAUUCGUCUUGCUCUUUGGUGUCAUUGCGAAACUGGAGAAAUUCUCAAUCAACCUACUAGGAAUAGUGUUACUCAUGAGUGUUGGUGUCAUGUUGAUGGCAGAUACAGAUAAACCAGAUGAAGAAUCGGACAAUGGUGAUCAAUCGACUUUUAUGCUGGGAUUUUUUCUGGUGUUACUAAGUGCAUGUAUGAGUGGUGUAAGAUGGGUCUUUACACAGCUUCUACUAUUGAAAAACCAUGAUAGUAAAGUGGCACUCGACGGAUCGAAAAAGGUGAAAAAUCCGAUUUAUACAAUCUAUCAACUAAGUCCGCCAAUGGCUGUUGUGCUGUUUAUUGUUGGAUCUGGUGUUGAAGGAUUGGGAAAGUUCUUGUCAGAUGACAUUUGGGCUGAAAAGGGAGUGUUCAAGUCGAUCUGCCUCUUACUGUUCCCAGGACUUCUUGUCUUCUUCAUGACCAUUUUCGAAUUUGCCAUUUUGCAGAGGGCCCAAGUAGUGACUUUAAGCAUUGCUGGCAUUUUCAAAGAGUUACUCACAAUCGUGGCUUCAACUUUCAUAUUCGAUGAUAGAUUGACUUUUAUUAACCUCAUUGGUCUUUCCAUAACACUUUUGGACAUUGUAUGGUAUAACGUGCACAGAUAUAACGAGAAGAAGCAUGAAUUGGAAAGGCAAAAGUCUCUCGAACGGGAUGUGGAAUUCGAAUUGGAAAACGUUUAA